GAGGGGGGGAGGGAGAGAGAGAGAGAGAGAGAGAGAGAGAGAGUGUGAGUACUAUCCACCGUGCCGUGGUGCCGGCCGGUGUGUGUAUGUGUGACGAAGGUCGGGACUCGCGCGCGGCCAUUACGUACGUCGUACGUGUACCGGAACUUUGGAUUCGUCGCGCGACGCAAAGUGACCUUGAUUCCGAUGCGCCAACGCGUCGCCGGCAACACGGAAGAAGAACAUCGUCGCCGCCGCCGCCGCGUAGUACGGUGUGUAUUUCUCGCGCCACCCAUCGCGGCGGUCUUGUUGUGACGCGUGACGACCACAGUGACCUUGACUCCGUACGCAUAGACGCGCGCGGUGCGUUUCGGCGGCGUCUCGAUUCUCUCUCUCUCUCUCUUUCGUCGAGAGUGGAACGCGCGCGCGCUGCGCGCACCUCUUUCUCGUCGAGUCGAGUGAGACGUGAGAAUCUACCGUGAACAUGGAGAGAGCAUGUAGUAGGAGCAACUGAUUUUCGAGAUCGGAGAUCGCGCAACGCAUCGCGCGCGCGUCGACCACCGCGUUCUCCGCCGCCAUUGCGCCCGCCCGCCCGCCUCUCCGUCUGUCUCUCUCUCUGGAGAUCGUUCAUCUGCGAAGUACGACGAGCGAGAAUCAGUCAAGAAGAGGACGACACACACACACACACAAUCUGGACGUGAAACUCAUGGCACCGCGCCGUCACGCCAAUAGCCACGGCGGUGGUCUCCUGGAGAACGGAGGCGCCGGUGGAGGCGGUGGCAUCAACGAUCCCAUGGAGAAUCUUCUGGGUCCCAGUCAGACGACGCGUUGCUGCACGCCGACCGGUGAGUGCCUACGCGGCGACAGUCUCAUCCGCUUCAACUCGUUGCACGACGUGGUCAAGGUCACUUGCAACAACGACAACUGCCCGGUCGGCCAGUUUAUGCAUCGCGAGUGCUUUGACGCUUGGGAGCAGACGGUGCUGACGUAUCUGAAGAGCUGCGGUCGUGCGCGCAGCUGGUCAGAGCGUCAGCGUCAUCAGAACCUCUGGACCAAGAAGGGCUACGAUCUCGCGUUCAAGGCCUGCGGCUGCCGCUGCGGUCGCGGCCACCUGAAGAAAGAUCUCGACUGGAUGCCGCCCGGUCUCGGCAAUAUACCCGGCAACCGUGCCGACGAGAACGAGGCGAAGAAGAAGAAGCGGCGCAACCGGCAGAACACCCGACCGAGUCUGGCUGUCUCUGCCGGGCCGCCGAGUCACGUCGGCAAUCACGUCGUCUCCACGAGCGGUCGCGGCACCACCGAGGCUCAGAUGAUCGAGUCGGGCCGCGGUAGAGCGGGCUCCCUGUCGUCCAGCACCGGCUCCAGCUCGCCACCCGCCACCAGCGAGCCCAGCGUCAGCCCGCUCCAUCAGCCGCAGGCCAUCAUCAAGAAGAAGAGCAAGGUCGAUUUCUUCAGCGAUCGUGCCAGACAAAGCUGCGGCGCCAACGGCAUCUUCUCGCGUCGCUUGGACUUCAGCGCUUUCAACAGCCUGCCCCGUACCAAGCUGAACUCCUAUCACAUCAAGAUGGAAGACGAGGGCAACCACGGCAACGACGACACCAGAUGCUUCAUCCUGUCGACAUUGGCCGCGCUGCAGUGGUCCAGAGUCACGUGCGUCCUCUGCCGCGCCGCCAUGCUAGUUUUCGACAGGUACCCGUUGGUGGACGGCACGUUCUUCUUGUCACCCAGACAACACUCGCCCGCUUGCGCCGAGGUGAAGGUCGAAGGUCGCACGCAAUUUUUGUCAGCCGUAUGCAUGAGUUGCUUGGAGGGCAGCGGCGGGCAGCCGGUACGUUGUCGUUGCUGCACCCAACCGUGGGAUGGAUCGAGCUUGGUCCUCGGUACUAUGUACAGCUACGAUAUUUUUGCUGCGAUGCCUUGCUGCAGCGAGCGACUCAAGUGUAAUAGCUGCCAGAAACCCCUGAUCUACCCGCACCAGCGACUCAACUUCUACUCGGACUACAGCCGCGUCUUCGCCUGCCCGCACUGCAGGGCGGUCGACGCACACUUCGUGAAGCCGCUGUCGACCUGCUUCACCCGCGAGCAGUUCCAACUCUACAGCCAGUGGCCGUAACCAUUAGAGAACUUAGCGAACCGCCGCCGUUUGCGCACCGCGGCCGACCUGUGUCCCCUCUUCUACAAACCGAUCUCCCUGUUCCGGACGACCAUGUAGAAUCCUCUUCUUUGACUUCGUAGCAGGCGGCGACGGCGACGGCGACGGCGAACGCGAAACCACGCGGGGGCACCACCGACGUGAUCCUCACCGACGCGAGCGAGCGAGCGAGCGCGCGCGCGCGCAUCGUCGUUCCACUCUCGUCGUCGUUCCUUCGCGGCUCGUCGUCUCGCUUUCGUUUCGCGGCUGCCUCCCGGGGCACCACCACCGAUCGUUUCUUCUUUUCGUCAAACAUUUCGACAGAUUUCUUCGCGGACUCGCGGCAACUGUUGCCGCGUUGUCGAAUAUUUUAGAGUUUCUCGGCCGUGCCUUUUUCUUUUUUUGUUUUCCACGCGACGACGACGACGACGACGACGACGGCGACGACGACGGCGAUACGCGCGUGGACGCCGCCCCUAGGCGCGUUUUUCCGUAGCGCUAAUAAAGUCUAAGAUAUUUCUUUUUAAUAUCAAUUAUAUAGGUUUGUCUAGGUUGAUUUCAAACGGGAGACGUCGAAUCGGCGCUCGCCGACUUUUUCGUUCGAUACGUGCGCAACGAGAGACUGGCACAUGUAUCCUCUCUCUAGUGUAUCUCUUUUCUUAUUUUCCUUUGUACGUUGCGCUUUAUCUAGGCAUUUAUCCGUGCGCGAUACGUUGAGACGUGUAAGUAAGAUCGUACGUAUAUGUUUAUUCCCUUUCUACAAAUUAACGUCGUUCCCUUAGUGCACGCGAUUCAUUGACGAUCGUCCUUACGAACGCGUUUCCGUAAUAUAUAUACCGUAGGUUUGUAAUUAGCGAAAUUUUUUCGUCGAGAUCCACGCUGUUAUCGCGUAAUUUGGCUAUGCGGGCUCUGAUUAAUCGCAGGCGACUCCGAGAAAUUUCGAGUGACGAUAAGCUCUUGGCAACUUCGCCGUCUCCCGUUUCGCACAUAGUUGAAUUAUUUAACGAAAAGAAAAAAAAUAUUAAAUGCAAAAAAUAAAAUUUAGGCGGAAAGAGAUGAACAAUAUUAGACGCGGAAACAAGGUCGACUCCUUUUAUCGCGAAACGUGUAUAAAGAAAAAAACAAAACAAAAAGGCUACUCUCUAGGAAGGGAUGAGAGGGGGGAAAGAAAAAAGAAAAGAAGAAGAGGA